AUAAAUGGGGCGGGGGCAGGGAGGCCCCUGGAGAGAAGGGGCUCGGCUGGCUGCGCGGCUGCUUGCUUUCUGCCCUGAAAAGUUGGGGGCAUCGGUGGGCGGAGGCUGGGUUGCAGGCAUGACCUCUGGAGAGGCGCCUCGGAAGGUGAUGAUGGGCCAGAGGCAGGAGAAAAGGUGGCAUUCAGGAAACCCUCGCAGGGUUGCUAGGGAAGGGGGCAGCGAGGUCUUGAACAUGGCACAGGCCAACAUGACAGAAGGCUGUUUCUUCCAGGCUGAAUCCAUCACAUUGUGCGCUGCUGCUGCUGAGCACAACACCUUUGAUGAAGCCGGGAGCAAGAAUGGAAACGUCCACUCCAGCCAUAGCUUCUGCUUCCUGUUUAUCAUCAGGCAGUGCAAUGUCCACAACAGAGCAACAAUCAACAGAGGCCUCUCCAUCUUCUAAUUCAAAUUCAUCCAGUUACUACGAAGCCAUAGAAGCAGAAGCAGUCAAUAAAUAUGAACCAGUUUCUCCCCACUGGUUUUACUGCAGGAUAGUAGAUUCCAGAGAGAAAUGGAUUCCCUUCAGUGGACAAGAUUCAGAGAAGUUGGAAAAAGCUUAUCAGUCCAGCAGGCACUGCAAGGAGCUGAUUGUGCCAACAGAAGGGGGCCGGUAUGAUGUCCAUUUAAAGAAGCGGGUGCGCUAUACUGUUUACUGGGAAGAAGCCGAGUCUGAAGUAAGACGCUGUACUUGGUUUUAUAAGGGCGACAAAGACAACAGAUACAUUCCAUAUCCUGAAAGCUUCAGUGAACAGUUAGAGGAUACCUAUAUGAUCUGUGUGACCUUAGACGAGUGGAAAAAGAAAUUGGAAUCUCCAAACAGAGAAGUAAUCAUAUUACAUAACCCAAAGUUAAUGGUGCAUUAUCACCCAGCAACAAUCACGGACGAUUGGGGUGUGAGUCCUGCAGAACAAGGCCGGCCGAGGACUGUGAAGAGAGGAGUGGAGAAUAUAUCUGUUGAAAUCCCUCACGGGGAACCUUUGCAAAUCGAUCAUUUAGUUUUUGUUGUUCAUGGAAUUGGACCAGCUUGUGAUAUUCGAUUCCGGAGUAUCGUUCAAUGUGUCAACGACUUCCGAAGUGUUUCCUUGAACAUGCUGUCAGCACAUUUCAAGAAAGCUCAGGAACAGCAACAGAUUGGCCGAGUUGAAUUUAUCCCAGUGAACUGGCACAGUACUUUGCAUACAGGAGUAGAUGUAGAUUUGGAGAGAAUCACCUUGCCAAGCAUCAACCGCUUGCGUCACUUCAUCAAUGAUACAAUCCUGGAUGUGUUUUUCUACAACAGCUCUACUUACUGUCAAACCAUUGUGGAUACAGUUGCGUCAGAAAUGAACCGACUCUAUCUGCUCUUUAUGGAGAGAAAUCCUGACUUCAAAGGGGGUGUCUCAAUAGCUGGCCAUAGCUUAGGGUCACUUAUACUAUUUGAUCUUCUCACAAAUCAGAAAUGUACACCUGAUGAGCAAGAAAAAAAUGAGGGAUUGCAAAGACGGGUGAUGGAUCAGGAAGUCAACAAAUCUGUGAAGGAUAUCUUAGCAGAACUUGAGCUUUCCGAAUAUUGUGCUGUGUUUGAGAAGGAAAAAAUUGAUAAUCGAGCAUUGGCCUUAUGCAAGGACAAGGAGCUUAAAGAUAUGGGGAUUCCCUUGGGACCCAGAAUCAAGAUCCUGCACUAUUUAAGGAACAGAAGCAACUGCCAGACUUUGAAACAAACCUCUGGAGCUGCUGAGGAAGGUGGAGAUGCCAAACAGGAAACAUCUGCAAAGCCCACAUGUGCAGAAACCAGUUGCAGACAACUGGAUGUUGUAACGGGGCAGGUCUCUGCAAACUACCCUCAGCUUAUCUACAAUCCACAGAUUUUCUUUGCUUUUGGCUCACCCAUUGGGAUGUUUCUCACUGUACGAGGCGUGAAUAGGAUUGAUCCAACCUACACCCUGCCUACCUGCAAAGGCUUCUUCAAUGUCUUUCAUCCGUUUGACCCAGUAGCAUACAGGAUAGAGCCCAUGAUUGUUCCUGAUGUGGAAUUUGAGCCCAUGCUGCUUCCUCACCACAAGGGCCGGAAGAGGAUGCACUUAGAAUUGAAGGAAGGCCUCACUCGGAUGAGCAUGGACCUGAAAAAUAACUUACUGGGCUCCUUGAGGACUGCUUGGCAGUCAUUCACCAGAACUUCAUUGCCAGCUGUGGAGGCAGGAGCCACUGGAGAUGAGGAACAGGAAUCGGAAGCUGAAGCCAUUAUGGAGAAGCAAGCUGAGGAGAAACCAGAGGAACCAGCCUCAUCCGUGAAAGAGGAGCCAGCCUCGUCGCCUCCAGUUAAUGUGGGCCUUCUGAAUGGGGGCCAUCGAAUUGACUAUGUGCUUCAGGAGAAACCCAUUGAAAGCUUUAAUGAGUAUUUAUUUGCACUGCAAGGCCAUUUAUGCUACUGGGAGUCAGAAGACACAGUAUUAUUGCUGCUGAAGGAGAUUUAUCAAACGAAGGGUAUCAGCAUGGAUCAACCCCUUUUGUAAAAUCCAACUGACCAGCUGCACGGCUCUGGAUACCAAAUACGUUUUACUCAUGGUGGGAGCUCAUCAGGAUUCCUGUGUCACCUUCCUCUUCUUUUGUCUGAUGUACCCAGCAUGCUUCAUCCUCACAGCCUGGAACUCUGGAAGAUUCACUACCCUAUCUUCUUUCACAGGGGUGGUAGUGAGCAUUGAGAUCCUGUCUGAUUCCUGGUACAUUCAGGCCCUUGUUAAUUAACUGAUCUGCAUUUUCUGUCUACAGCCAGUAUGUCUUUAGGUCAGGUUGCAAUACCAACUCUGUCAAGUCCAUAUUAUGCACUAGUCAAAACUUGGAAUUGGUGCUAGAACUUCACAUCUCCUCUCCAUUUGAAAAACCUCAAGAUGGGCAAAGUUGUGAAGGGUUUGGACUUUUGAAAGCUCUUCUUCUGAGGAUACACUGAGUGUUGAGCAUUACUUGUUAGAUUGUUUGUGGGGAAUUCAUUUUUGUUUUGUACAUCUUAUUGCUGCUGCUGCUUGACCCAAGAAAGGGGCUGAAGACCAGAGCUAAAAUCUGGCCAAGCCAAGUCCACUCUUCUCUGAAAUAAGCAUGAUGAUGAUGGUGAUGAUGAUGAUGCCAGCAAUAGCUGUGUACUGUUCUACUUUUCUAAAGCAGGGAAAGUAUAUAGUUACUUACCUGGGAAGGAACUGGCAAAGCUUGUAAAUUGGUUCUUGUUCACCAUGAUCAGAAUAUGGAUGAGCAAUUCCUGUCCCUGUGUUACUAUCUACCAUUUGCUUAGUGUAGCUGUUGUUCAAGCAGCUUUAGAAGAAAUGUGGGUUCUGUUGUUAUCACGCCUGAGUUAAGAGGUGUACUUGGUGUAAUGCAACUUUUAGAUAGCCAUGAAAAAUGGGGAGAGCUUAGCUGGGAAGCUCCUGGCUGAGCUUUUGCAGCUAUUUAAGAACAGAAUGCCCUCUUUCAAAAAGAGAAUGUGUAUUUUGCAGAAUCAUUGGUACUUUUCAAGAACACAGACUGCCAGGAGACCAUUUUAGUGGCAGAAUCUCCUCUCACUUGAUGCUAAUUCCAGUCUGUUUGGGAAAAAUAUACCCGGAUCAAGAGGAAGAGUAGAUUCCUAAUAUAACGUAAACACUGUUGUAGAAGCUGUGUGUUUAUGUUCUGACUUGGGAGGUGCCAAACCUCACGCAAGCAGCAACUUGAUAUGCUGUUGUUGUAAUGCAUUCAGUUGGGUCCUUGAAAGCAUCUGAAGAAUGAGGUCCCAUCCUAGAAACGUGCCCACAUAGUAGUUGGACAGCAGACUGUCUCUUAAAGCACCAGAUGAGAGCAGCUCUAUACCAGCAUUUUUACUUAGUUCAAGGUGGCCCAAGGUGACCGUUUGGACAGUCAGUUCACCUUGCUGGUUUAGUGUGCCAGAGCGUAAAUUGCAUGGCUCAACGUAAUCUUGGCUGGCUGGUUUGCCUGAUGGAACACACCUGUGAUUUCAUGGUGUAUGUAAGUUGAGCCCUGCAGCUGUUGCAUGACUUUUGUCACACAGUGGUCAGCUACUUUUCACGUAUCUCAGAUGCUACAAAACAGUGCAGUCUCCACAGCUUUCCUCCUCUUUUCAAGAAAGCCCUUUGACCAAGGGAGAAGCAGGCAACACGUGUUUACAAGUGGGAUGUGAUCACGCUACAUUCUCUUCACCUUGUGUGUUCCAAUUCUGUGCCAGAUUUCAAUUUUGUUAUUCUCCCCAUUAUGUUUGCACUGAUUGUCAUUGUAUAAUUGGAUUUUUCAGCCUCUCAUGCUAACUUGUGACUGAACAGAAUGCCAUUUGGCAUGACCAAAUUCUUGAUUGGAGUAUCAAUAGGAAAAGUCAAGUUUUGUUCAAAUUCCAAACAGUUGAAGUUAAUGCACUUUGUAAAAUAUUGCCUAUUUAAAAAAAAAAAGUUAUUUCACUUUUUUCGAGGAGCUGUCUGCCUUUGGUGAAUUUAUUGAUCUUUGUAAGGAGAACCCUAACAGACUGAGUAGUGCAGGCCUGUUUAUCUGUCAUUAUAGUAAGCACAGUUGAUAAAAUAUUAGGAGAACUGAUUUCUUACACAGUAAUCUUAGUGAUCUCAAGUGGUUUUCCUGUUAAGGCAGUAAGAUCAUCAGCACACAGAUCUGGGUUCUUAUGCAGUUCAAAUGAGCAUUUAAGGAUGUGUAGCAUUCAUCUGACAGGAUAACCACAGAUACUUUAAAAAUACCCAAGUGCUGUUAUGCUGCACAAACUUGCUUAUACUGUGACAUUUUGCAGAUGUUAUGAUAUGUAGAACAAGAUUUGACUUUCACCCUAGACUGUAUCUACUAGAAUUCUGCUAUAUGGUAUAAAUAGUAUAAAAAACCAAGAAUCGUAAUUUCUGUUGUUAGAAUGGCAAUUUCCAAUGAAGACAUAUGCGUCCAAUGACCCUAUGAUUAAAAAAAAAAAGUACAUGGGUAGUGACAUGGACAAACUGACCGGCUAAGGAAGCAUCUCUUUGAAAGAUGGAGUGAGGAGUGCAUCAUAGUUGGAUAAAUGUACAAGACUACAAGCUGAGUAUUAGUGGAGAGAGCAUGAGUAACAAGGUAGUUCUGAGCUAUAAACACUGAUUCAUUGCACAGAAAUUCCACCACAAUCAACCAAGUUUGUGUGAGUGUCUGUGAGAACUGAAUUGUUAGAAAAAUUGCUUCUCUUUAGUAAACUUCUUGCCCAUUUAUCUUUAACCAGGAGUGGAAAGUGUGUUGGCUGUAAGAACCCCUAAACCCUUUUUGGGGUGUCUGAAUAUUGCCCAUUUUUUUUCCUUUUGGCAAGGUAGUGGUGUAGGAACAGCAGUGGUGUUUAAGUCCUAGUUUAACUCAUUAAAAAUUCCCCAAAAGAAACAAGGCUAAAAAUGGAAACACAGUGAAAACACGAUGUAAUUAUGCAGCCACAAUCUUUCUGCAUGUGAAGCUGCUUCAGACUAGUCUUAAAAACAAGCACAGAAUGAACCUGCCAUGGUAGCAGAUUGGGCUCCUGUGUCUAAAUUCAGACGACCUUUGAUUGCCACACUGGUAAAUAAUGGAUUGUGCCAUCAUUAGAACUUGCUUUUAGCGUUAAGAUAAUUUGCUUAACCACUGUUUCACAGACUGUUUCCCCUCCUCUUACUUGCUUAGGAGCUGAAGGCUCCCUCUGUUUAUCUUUACCACUCAAGGCCAGCCAGCAAUUUCCAUGGCGACCCAACUCUUCUUAGCACAAGAGCACUAUAACAGAGAUCUAACAUUUCACAGAAAUGGUCAAAGUCAAUGUAGAGUGACCAAAGCCAACGUAAUGGAACAAUACCAUCUUCCCAGGCAUAUCUAGUUUUAUUUAAACUUGUACCACCCAGCUAUGUCAGCCCAAAAUUUUAAUCAUCCCUACCUACAUCUAGAGAUGAUGGGUAGUAAGAUUCCACAGCUGGAAAUUGUCUGAAACCACCUCAAGCUAUACCCAUUUGUGCUCACUUUCUCUGGGGAAAAAAGGGGGGGCUGCUUGCUAUGACUUAAGAGCAGCAAGGCAAAUCUUGCUUUUGGAUUAUGCUACACAGAACAAAGUGUUAUGGCCUUGGGCAGGACAAUCAAAGUUUAGAGUUAAAUACAGUAUUUCACAUAUUUGAAAAGCAAUAGGGAAGCAUUAAGGGAAACUGGCUCUUUCUCUUUCCUCUUCCUAUUUCCUACUAAUUUGCAGCUAGUGAUUUAUUUAGAGGCGGAGGGAGCAAGUAACUUUGGUAUACGUAUUUGCAACACACACUAUACUUUGGUUAUGCUCCUUGAGGACCCCUGAGUAUUAGAAAGUUGAUAGAACUGUAACUGAACUAUAGUAACAUCAGCCCCAUGAAGUGCAUCACAGCAUUGUAAUUCUGAAGUCUAUAGUGUUUGAUAAAAAGCCGGGCUGGCCAAAUGGUGUUUUUUUUGAUAUUCAAAAUAACUUUUCCAGAAUCGAUACAAACUUGCACUGGUGAGAAUCAAGCUUUUCCCUGA